AAGCUUGCCAAAAUGGCCGUUUCAGAGAGCGUCACACAUCAAAUCAACUUUGAAUAAAACCUCUGAUUUCUCAAUGACUUGUAGAAAAUUUCAUCUUUUUUGAGAUCAGCAUCAUGGACCUGUCAAAACAAGGGUCCAACAGGCACACCUUGCCACCUGUCAGUGUGAGGCAGCAGUCUAUUGGACACCAUUUUGCACCUCACCUGUCAUCCCCACAGCCUAAAACUCCUGUGCCCCAGAGUCCAGCUGUUGCUCCAGGCAAGGGCAACGGCCAGCAACAGGGUCCGUUUCAGCAGUUCCCCACGCACCAUGGGCAACACCAGUCAGCAGGACCUCCACCAUCGCAUCAGCAGCAACCACAUCAGUCAAACAUCUCUGGUGCCACAUCUCCUCCUUCUCAGAUGCCCCAUAGCCCCGAUCCUUCCCACGAUCUUCCCAUGGAACUACUUCAAAAGGGAUGGCGUCGAUUCUGGAGCAAACGCGAACAACGCUGGUACUUCUUCAACAAGUUUACCAACCAAUCCAUGUGGGAGAUGCCUCCCAUUGGAAGCCCAGCAGGAGCCAGUAAGCAUGAUCCUUUAGGGAUUCAGAUCACCGAGGGCAAGGCUCCACAUCCCACCCCUCUACCGGCUGGCUCCCCAGGACUCGCCCCUGUCAGAAGGAAGUCUUCUGUGGAUGGUCACCCUCUCAGUCCAACUAUGAGAAAGGAUAUGCUUAAAGGCCUGUUUUGGGAUUUUACUUUGGAAUCAAAUGCCACAAUGCAAGAGCGAUUUCCCUGUACCAUGCCUCCACCACACAAUGACAUGGAAUUGAUGAGAAAUGUGUUGGUCAGUAAGCUGAGACAACAGUAUCAGGAACUCUGCUCGACAAGAGAAGGUAUUAAUGCACCCAGUGAAUCGUUCAACCGCUGGUUACUUGAAAGGAUGGUUGUGGAUAAAGGCAAGGAUCCUAUGCUACCAAGCCAGUGUCCUGACCCAGUAUCACCUUCUAUGAUGAGAGAAAUCAUGAGUGACAUUCCAAUCAAGUUGUACAGGCCGAAUCUUCAUUCUACUGCCAGGAAACUUCUUUCCAAGUAUGCAGAGGCUGCAAAGAAAAUGAUACAGUCCAGGCCUGCUUCAUCAGAAAGCAGAAAGUUGGUGAAGUGGAACGCUGAGGAUAUCUUCACGUGGCUACGAAAGCAGCCAAACUGCACCAUUGACGAGUGCAUGAAACGGCUGACUUACCUGAAGGAGCAGUGUGGUCCCCAUCUUUGCGAGGUAGCAAGAAGUUCCAUUGAGAACAUCUGUGCCAAGGUAUACACCCUGUCCUGUGAUACAUGCGCUAAGCUCCAGAAGAAACACUGGGACAUCCUUAGGGAACACCAUAUUGAAGAGCCUCCGCCGUUCACACGACCACCAUCAGAUAGAAAAAUGCGUUGUUACAACAUACAGAUGGCGGUUCAGAGCCCUCGAUUGCCAGCUGUAGAUGUCCAUGAAGAAGGUUCUGUCACGUGUCUGAGAUAUAAGGGAGAGAUGAUGAAGAUCAAUACGCAACAUAUGAUGAAACUAGAUGCCUUGUACCAGUUCAACUGCCGAGAUGACCCCACCCGACACAAUUUCUUGCCAAGAGUUUGGUGCUUACUAAGGAGAUAUCAGACCCUGUUUGGUGUAGGAGAGAACGAAGGCCAUAAUCUUCAAGGAGCCCUUUCCUCAGGAGUCUUUAAAGCUAUCAAUGAACACUUUGGAGUCACCUUUGAAUGCUUUGCCUCGCCCCUCAAUUGUUACUUCAAGCAAUACUGUUCAGCUUUCGCCGAUACAGACAGCUUCUUUGGAUCAAGAGGGCCAAUCUUGGACUUCUUUCCCUUCAGUGGAUCAUUUGAAGCCAACCCACCAUUUGGAGAGGAACUCAUGGAAGCUACAAUCAUUCAUUUUGAGAAAUUGUUGGAGAGAACCACAGACCCACUGUCUUUCAUUGUCUUCACUCCUGAUUGGAGGGAUCCAAUAACUAAUGGACUCAAGAUGGCUGAAGCCAGCAGAUUUAAAAGGAGACAGGAGGUCAUCCCAGCCUAUGAGCAUGAAUACCGGAGUGGCAACCAACAUGUUGUCCCAGAGUCCAGUGUUAGCUGGCGUGCAGCACAUGGGACUAUGAUGAUCUUCCUGCAGAACGAUGAGGGUAAUCAACUGUGGCCUCCUACUGACGAAGGAAUCCAAGCGGUAAUGGAUGCAGCCAAACCCAAAUCGGCACCAUCUACCCCAAUUAGGAAACGUGCAUCAGAAGAUCAAGAGCUAUCCCCGCCAAGGAAGAAACUACCCAUGGAAAACGAGUUCAACGGUAACGGCAGUAAGGCUGAAUCAAGCUACAGUAAUGACAAUCAAAGUGGUUCGAUGUCAUCAUCAUCAUCAUCAUCAGAUGGAGAAUCAAGGAAAGACUCUAUGCCAGGUGCGUACGGUGCAGCGCCCUCGUACAGUCCUGCUAUGUCCGCAAGAGAUACGGCACAUGCUAAUGACAGAGAGCACAAAAGGAACUCCCCGCGUGGAGCAGCAGCUGAGCAUUCGUCUACAUCCCCUUUUGUUAACACCGUCGAGAAACAGGACGUCGAUAACACGAACAAGAGCUGGUUUCACAAUGUGAAGCCCGUUGAAACCAGCCAUGAUACAGGUCAAGAUCGAGUAAGCUAUGGUAGAAGUAAUAGCAAUGAGGGUUAUGGUGGGUCAGUAAUCAUGCACACAAGUCCAUUAAAGAAGGAUGGGGUAAGCCCCAUGAAACCUUCAUACAGCACUAGCUCACAAGAGUCUCCCAAAUCGGCUGUGAGCCCCGUCAAGAACAUGGACAACAGUAAAACCAGCAACCUUGGGGUCAUUAACUGGUUUGUAGAUACCAAAUCAAAGCCAGCCCCGAUGAAGACCCUGGCAGACUACACUACAGGCAACACAACUGGCAAUUGGACAGAGGCAAUAAGACCGCUGGAAACUAAACCAGUGUUGACAGGCCCUGUGAAGUUUGAGAGCAAGAGUGGGAACAAGUGGACACCGAUCAGCAAGCCCACCCUUGGUAGCCCCAAGAAGGUGGAUGAAGGGAUUGAUGUUUAUGAGUGGAAGGAUGAUGAUGAAGAUACCCAUCCAAUGAUGACCAGCCCUGUCAGGAAAGGGGCAAAGGCCAUUGGUAAGGGUGCUAUGAAACUCAAAGCAGUCAAGAGGUUGGACAGUACUCUCACCUCCAACCAGACAACCUCCCAGAAGUCUACUGUGGUUGGGGGACGAGUGCUUAGAUCAAGGAGAGGAGAAUCCAAGUAAAGGUUCAUGUAGGCAAGGAGUGCAGCUUCCAGAUAGAUAUGUUUGAAAAUGCUCAAGGUCUGUUUUAAACCAGUCUAUUUUUUAUAUAGCCUUUCAUUUCAGUAUUUGAAGUAAAAUGUCUCCCAUUGUUCUUGUUUCAUUGAGGUAAUACCUGGGAAUGUGUCUAACAACGGUUAUGAUUGACUUGAUGCCGCACUUGAAUUCCUAGUUGUGUGCAGUUAUUGACGCAGUGCCAAAUUGCUUCGAUCAUGCUCUGGAAUGUGUGCUAUAUAAUGCAUACUAGUUGAAGGAAUAUGCACUUCAUGAGUCCAGUCAAUCUUAACUAUUCGUGAAACACACCCUACUGUAGAAUGAUGUCUCCCUGUGGUUCAAUCAACUACAAAUUAGGAAUACUUCAUUUAGUUACCUAAUUGAUUAGCUUCAUUGAUAGUAUUUGCCAACUGCAUUCCCUGUAAAUAUGCCAGUAUUUAUGUUAGGGGUAAUAUGUACUACUCCUCUUUAAAUGAUACAAAGGUGCUUCGAAAUGUGAAGAACAAAUGUCUUUUGUUUUUAGUUUUGGGUUUAAGUUUUUAUGUUUUGUAGCUGUAUUCAAGAUUUGACAUUUUUCGUAUUUGUUUAGAUAAUAUACAGUAUGAUAUAAAUGUAAAUAGAUGAAUGCAAAUAAGCAACAUUGGUUAACUAAAUGUAUAUUUGUGUGAAUAAUAUACAAAAUUACUUUCAAGAGAUGAUUGUAAAAAGUGCAAAUACAACUGCAUGCCACUUUUGUAUUUUCUUGCCAAUAUUUAUAUUCUUUAUCUCUUCUGUGAAAUUUGAAGGUCUAUGUUGUAAACAUUGGAUUUGAAAUUGUUUAGGUGAAUUUUUAUUAUUGAUUUUAUUACAUUUUAUUCAUAUCUUAAUUUUCACAUUUAGGAUUGAUAGAGUUUUCCCACUUUUACAUUGAAUUCACGUGAUAGAGAAAUGGCAUUUGUUUUGUGAGCAUUAUUCAAUCAUGUCGAGUUACAAAAAUUUAAAUUGAGGUAGUGAUUGAAAUUUUUGAAAUACUUCUAAGGCAUUAUUCUUUGCCAAAAUGCAACAGUUAAUAAAAAUGCUGCUGGACAGCAAAGGUAAAGAGAGUAGUGUCUUAGAGUGGCUAUACCAUUUGGUUUUAUCCAAAAAGAGUUACUUUUCCUAAUCCUAAUUUCAUUUCGUUGUCAGUGAAAUUUAUUAGAAAUUGUUACUGCAUUAUGCUACAGUGACACCUUUGUGUAUUGGGCUUGGCUUUUGCCUAAAUGCAGAUGCAGGGAUAUGAAAUAAAUUAAAGUAAAUUGUGCUACAUGUCAUUGUGUUUCAAGGCCUACACAGGUUGCUUGAGCUCUAGAUUCAAUUUCUAUGGAAUUAUGGUAACUAAGUGCCAGUUAAGAUGGCUUCUUUGUGGAGCUUGAAUUGCAUUUUUUUUCUGCUGAUUUACCUUGUUUGAAUUCAUUCUCAUUUGUAUAUUGGCCUGUAUUGUUGUGCUUUUGCACGCACAAUACUCCCAGCUGCAAGUGACAUUGCAGUUGCCAUAAUCUACAGUGCAAUCCAGCUCGUACAUUGUGUGCUUUUAUAUGAGCUACUAAUGAGCUGGACAUGCAAUAUUGUGAUACCUUAAAUUACAUGCCUGUUGCAAAUUGCCGGAUAUAGUUUAGUAUUAAGAACGGAGCAGUAAGUAGCUCUGUACACAAAGGUGUGAACCUGAUAUUAGAGAUAUUAAUAAACAUUCCUAAGAAGGUAGUAAAUCUUUAAAUUUAGUUAUGAUGCAUCUCUUAUUGAAAAUAAAUUCAGUAUUUAGCAAACUUAUUUGAUAUUACAUGAAAGGCAGUUCAAGUGUUUGUUUUUUUCCACAACAUUAAUUUAUAUUUUAAUGUUCCCUCUUUCUUUUGAUAAUUACAUCCUCUUAAUAAUUUCAUAUGUUUUCCAGGUAUUGCUCCAAUGUAUAGUUCUGUAGGUAUCCUGAAAUUUGUUGUGUCGGUGCAGGAACACACUUCCCCAACCCUCACCAGUGCAGAAAUGCCCUUACGCAAUGCCCUAAUGAGCGCAACUUAGGGCGUGUCUGCGCGCGUGCAAAGCGCCUAAGUGUGGUGCUAAGGGCGUUCCUGCACUGACACGACAAUUUGUUGAUGCGUUGUGGGAAACGUCACACUUGAGAUCGGUAGAACAUUUUCCUCUAUUGGCAUUUCACAAACCUGGGUCAGGUAACACUAAGGUUAGCGAUUAAUCGCUAAAUGAAAUGGCCUAUCAAGAUCAUUGUUGUAUGCUCAUUUUGCUCAAUAGACUGACGAGGAACCAAUCAGAAUUGUUCUUUCAAAUUAGCGAUUGAUCGCUAACCUUUGUGUUAUGGAGACCUAGUGCGUGUUUCAUCAAGCUGUUCGCAUUGUAUCAGUGACUUAUGAACGACGUGACUUUAUUUUGCUAAGUGAUAUAUCCCUGUGUAAUUGGUUUAGGAAUAAGAACUUGUUCAGUCAUGCAUAACUUUACGAACAGCAUGAUGAAACACCCAUGGCUGUUUCAUAAUGCUGUUCGCAAGAUAUGAAUGACUCACGAACGACUGGUAACUGUUUGUGCUAAGUGAUCUAUCCUCAUGUAAUUGGUUUAGGAGUAAGAACUUGUUCCAGUCAUGCGUUAAUUUACGAACAGCAUGAUGAAACACCCAUGGCUGUUACAUAAUGCUGUUCGGGAGAUAUGAAUGACUUAACGCACGACUGGUGAUCCUUUUUUGUGCUAAAUGAUACAUCUGUAUGUAAAUGUCUUAACACUUAAGAUCAUGUACCAGUUGUGAAUAGCCUUAUGAAACACCCACCUGUAAUGGGCACUGCAAAGCACCAUCUUACUUUGUGCUAGACAAUAUCAACACAAGGCGAAGACAUCCUGCCUUUCAUUGUUAUUCUCAUUUUUGAAGCACCAAGAAAGAUGCCGCAUGGUGGUGCCACUCAGUGGACCUAUUUCAAAUUUGGUGAUAGGAAAUUGGAGAUGACAGAUUGAAGUGCUGUGAACAAUAGAUGGCGCUAUAAUGCAUGUUUUGGGGUAUUUAGUUUACAGACGUGCAACAAUCAGACAUGAUAAGCGUCACCAUCCAAAAGACGUCAGUCAGUUGAAGUCCUAGUGAAAUGUCCUGCUUUAGAAUGGAGAAAUUCUUUAAAUAACAUCAUUGAUACACAAUGCAAGAAAUCAGUCCUGCAAGCACUCCUAUCAUAAUUUACCAAACUUAGUUUCUGAUUGAUUAUCACCAAUACCAACGAAAUUUAGUCAGAAUCACCCCUCUUCUACAAAAUAAUGUAGGAGCGGUAAGCGAUCCAUGAUUCAAUUUUUUUUUAUUGUAAAAAAAAAAUCUUUAUCAUGUACAGUUUCUCUUCAUUUGUGUUCUUAAAUUGCAUUGACAUUUGUACAUUAUUUUGUAAAAAACAAAAUUAACCAUAUGCCUUGAUUUCUUUCUUGUUUGUAAAUAGCAUGUCAACUGUAAAUGAAUUUAUAUGAACUGCAAUGUACAGAGUAUAAGAUUUAGAUUUUAAGAAUUAGAUUAUGUGGAGAACUUUUUUUAAUUGUGUAGAUGAUAUGGUAAUGUGUAUGGUAUUAUGUGAUUCUGUUAUUCAUGAAAUCAAUGGAAUGUAUUUGUCUCUUGCUCUUUGUAUUUCUUUGUAUAUUUGGCCAACUGAAAUCAUUUUUUUCCUUCUUAUUUUUAAGUCUUAUUACUUUUUCAUCAGUAGCGGCAAUGUGGUACUUCAUGAACCGUGGUUUCUUAUCUCAUUUUGUACUUGGUCUUACAUUGUUAAGUUAUUGGUAAAGACAGCUUGCAUUGCACUGCUUGAUAAAGAUUAUACUUUGCACCUGCUGUUGACACUGCCAAAAAUAUUUGUCUCAUAGCCAUAUUUCACAUGGCAUUUCAUGAUUUGUCAUUAGCUCAUUAGAGAACAAGCUAUGUUCAUUCAUUUAGUCAUUAUCUCCCAAGUAGACACCUAUAUCAUAUGAAUCAAAACAUAUUGGAUCCCUUUUGCAACAUAAAUGUAAGAGGAAUUGAUGACUGUUUUAUUAAAUCAACUAUAUCAAAAUGCACAAAAUAUCAUUAAAGGUCAAGUCCACCCCAGAAAAAUGUUGAUUUCAAUCAAAAGAGAAAAAUCAAAUGAGCAUAACGCUGGAAAUUUUAUCAAAAUUGGAAGUAAAAUAAGAAAGUUACCAGAAUUUGAAGUUUUUCUUAUUUUUCACAAAACAAUUAUAUGCACAACUCAGUGACAUGUAAAUGAGAGAGUUGAUGAUGUCCCUCACUUUUUCUUUUGUUUUUAUUGUUUAAAUUAUACAAUAUUUUAAUUUUUACAAAUUUGACAAUAAAGACCAACUUGACUGAACCAUAACAAUGGUAAUACCACAUGUUUAGGGAGGAAUAAAACCUUUUCACUGUACAGCAGGGAGAAAAUUUGAAUAUU